AUGCAACCGACUUCACUCAGGACCGCAUCUGCCGCGGCACUCUUGACCUUGCUCACGUUGGGGUCGGCGCAGGGCAAGCAAUACUAUGUAGACUGCUCCCGACCCGACGCGGGCGAAGGAAGCCAGCACAAGCCAUGGAACAGCCUCCAGAAGGUCAAUUCGCCAACCUUUGCUCCCGGGGACGUCAUUGCCUUCAAGGCCGGCACCACCUGCACCGGGACACUAUCACCCAAGGGGGUCGGCACGGCAGACGCGGCUAUUCGCAUCACCAAGUACACCACCGCCGGCGCCGCGGACAACAACCCUAACCCCAUCAUCAACGGAACGGGGGCCGCCGGCGCCGCCGUCACCCUGACGAACCAGGACCACUGGCAAAUCUCCAACCUCACCGUGACAAAUCCCGCGUCAGGCCUCGCCGCCCGUCAGGGGAUCCACGUCACGGCAAGCGACGGCAAGGCGCACACGGGCAUCACAAUCGAGCACAACACCGUCCACCACGUCGCGGGACAGACGAACAAGCGCACGCACUCGAAAGACUUUAUCCUAUCGUGCGGCAUCCUCGUCGACACCUCCGGCGCCGGCAGCCGCUACGACGGCGUGCUCGUCCAGCACAAUGCCGUGUCGGACUGCGGCGGCGGCGGCAUCAAAGUACGCGUCGGGGCCGCAGACAACCUCGGGCACAAGGCGCGCGUGACGCGCAACACAAUCCGGGCCUGCGGCGGCGACGGCAUCAUCAUCUCGUACAGCGACUCGCCGCUGAUGGACUACAACGUCGCGUCGGACCUGGGCACCGGGGCGUACCCCUUCACGGGCGGCAACUUCGCCGGCAUGUGGGUGCUCGGCGACCACAAUCCCACCAUAUCCCACAACGUCGUCUACGGGAGCACCAUGUCCGACAUCGACAGCGAGGCCUUUGACUGCGACUGGGGCAACACGGGCAACUGCACCGUCGAGUACAACUACAGCCGCGCCAACGCCGGCGGCGCCUUCUUGAACUGCGACGGCUGCGGGCCCCCCGACGCGCCCCCCGGCGGCGCCGACCAGAUCGUCCGCUACAACAUUUUCGAAAACGACUGCCGCAUGUACAGCAACGGCAGGCGGCCCACGCUGUACUUUUACCAAAACGUCAUGUACUGCCCCGACGAGGAGAGGGGGUUUGACAUUGCCGUCGCGCACAACGCCUACUUCACCAACAACAUCUUUGUGGGCAACGGCAAGGCGUCGCUGCCGGCGCGGAGCGACAUCCGCUGGCGCUGGAACGUCUUUUACCGCGUCCCGCACCCCACGGACAACGGCAUCGAGGCCGACCCCGGGUUUGUAGAUCCGGGCAGCGGCGGCAAUGACUUGGCCUCGGUCGGGGGGUACAAGCUUCGCAGGGGGUCGCCGGCCCUGGGCAACGGCGCCGUCAUCCCGGAUAGUGGCGGCGUCGACUUUUUCGGCAACCCCGUGUCUUUUACGCAGAAGCCCAACAGGGGAGCGUACAACGGGCCGGGGCUUUGA